CCGCCAACCCCAGCUGCGUUUAUGCUUUGGCGCUAAAAUUGAGCCUGCAUCGCCCGACAUCGUCGAACCCGAAGCUCCGUCUCUUCCGGAAUCUGCAAUCUUUUGAUCGUUCUCCGUCGGAACGAUGUCCGAUUUCUCCAGUAAGCUCGAAGAGAUCACCCAAAUCCUCGUCUCGCCGGACGUCGGAGCCAGCAAGUCGCUCGCCUACUCCACUCUUUUAGGUCUCCAAGAGCAGUCAGUUUCCGACCCCGAUGCGAUUCAUGCCCUCGCCGAUCGUUCUUGCAGCCUAAUCUCGCUGCUCGUCAGCGAUAUUUGCGAAGAUGAUGAAGAAAUUGCUGUCCAGGCCAUGAAGUGCUUGGGUUUCAUGAUACAUCAUUCCACAAUUCUUGCUUCCAUCCCAGUGGGUGUUGCUGGUGGAGUCUUGGAGUCAUUGGCUAAUGUCAUCAUCACUGGUAAAAUGAAGUCAGUCUGCAACCUCGGUAUGUGGUGUAUAUCUAUGCAGCAGUUUGAUGGGUCUCUGCUAAAUGCCCAUUUCCAGUCUUUGUUGAAAGCCAUCGUUCAUGCACUUGACAACCCUUUUGGGUCACUUUCAACAACUUUUGAGGCUAUUCAGGCUGUAAUGAAAAUAGCAUCUCAACUUGGAGAAAUAAUGAGAGACUCGUCACAUAUAUGGACCCCUCCCUUGUACAGAAGACUUCUGAGCACUGAUAAGAGAGAAAGGGAUAUGACAGAAAGGUGCCUCUUGAAGAUAAAGUCUGUAAUGCUUCCACCUUCACUUACUCUAUCUAAGGUUCUUGCCUUAGAUAUGAAAGAAAGAUUUCUUAUAAGCAUGAACGAGAUGCUAGAACAAGGUUUCAAGGUCCAAACUGUGCGGGCAUGGGGCUGGUUCAUCCGUAUAUUGGGGGAUCGUGCUCUUAGGAAGCGUUGUUUGCUGAAUGAUAUGCUGAAAAUUCUUGAAUUGACCUUUUCUGAUCAGGACAUGCAAGUUCAGAUUGCUUCACAGUUUGCAUGGGAAGGUGUCAUUGAUGCUCUUAUUCAACCUAGAUUUCAAGCUCAAAGAUCAAACACAACCAAGGAGAAACAAAUGCAACGUGCGCAUAAAUCUAGAUUUGAUACUGAUCAUUCCCUGUCAAGUGGAUUUUUAAAGAGCAUAAAGCUUAUAAUGACUCCCCUAAUUGGCAUCAUUUCAAGAAAAACUGAUCUUUCUGUCCACUCAUCUUGCUUUAACACUUGGUGUUAUUUGCUACAUAAACUUGACAUUUAUGUCAAUCAUCCAUCGGUCAGAAAUCUGGCACUGGAGCCUGUCUUUGAAGCUGCUUUUCAUGGUGGACCCUUGAUUAUGAGAACUUGGUUAUGCAAUUUGUGUCUGGAUCUACUUGAUGAUCCUAUAUCUGCGAAGUUUGGAAAUGAUGAGAAGGAUUCAGAUGAUCAGGUAGGCCAAAAUACGAGUAAGACGCCAAACCAGGGAAAUUUGAUGUCUGGCAGAUUCUCGCGGAAUCAAUACCCUAUAAAAUGGCUGCCUUGGGAUCCUUGUCAGUUGGAUUUUUAUAUACAAGUGAUUCAGACAAUCUGGGAAGUGUCAAUACCAUCUGUUGCCAAAUCCAAUGAAGAUCGAAGUUUGACUUGUGAUACCGCCUUAAGGAUGUUCAAAUCAGUUUUGAAAAUAAUUCAAAUGGAGUUCAGGAGUCCAUCCAUUAAUUAUGAUGAUAUUAUGUGGAUUUUGAAGAAAAUACUAAAUUUCGCGAAGAAGACAUGUGAAGAUGCUAAGUUAGGGUGCGGAGACAGAAUAGGAAUCGGGUUCUGUCAUUCUUCCCUCCUGUUUAUACAGGCGAUUUUUGAGCAGCUGCAACCUUCUAUUCUGGGAUCUCCUCUUUACAAGAUACCAUUGGACUUGAAGUAUGUCGAAAACUUGGAAUCAGUUGAUGACUUUAGACGACCUCUUGAUAUGAGAGAUAUAGCUUAUAUGGAUAUGGUUUCUCCGGUAGUUUAUUUGAUUGUUCUGUACUAUGUGGUGAUUCAGUCUCAUCUAGAUAAGUCUGCAGCAGAGACAACUUCAUGGGCAUCAUGCAAAUUUAUGGAGAUAAUACUGUCUUCUGAUGAUCCAUCGGAGAAUCUCGCUCUUAUUAAUGCUUUAUUGUAUAAACAUGCACAUUUUAGCUGCUUGGAAUUAUGGUCGGCAGUAGCAGGUGGUUUGAAAGAUCACAUGAAUGCUGCAAAUGACCCUUCAUUGCUCCAGAAGGUUUUUAAUUUAUCGACAGUUGUACAGCUGCUGGCAUAUCCAUUUUAUGUCUAUUCCCAUCACACGGAAAAGAUAGUCUACACAAAUGCCGCAGUCUCCUCAGGAGAGUAUCUUGUUUCAGCACUAAGAAAGCCUGAAGUUGACCAUCUUAUUGAAGAGUGGAUAUCUCUUUAUGGUUUGGUCAGCACAAUGGAUAUUCAGCUUCCCACUCCAAAUACUUUCCAUGGAUUGUUGUGUUCGAUUUUGAAUGAAUGCCUUCAAGGAAAUACUUCUCUGCUUGAAAAUGGCAAUGAUCUGGGAUCAAGUUCAGAUAAUCUAGCAAUUGAUCUUAUCUCGUUCUGUGGCAAUGUUCUGACAUAUGUCGUGGAACAGAAUCUGAAAAGUGAAGUGCGUACAGAUGGAAUGAAAGCUGGGUCAGAUAGUGUCUUGCAUUUUGCAGCAAGAUUCAUGGAAAUGUCGAUGGCAAAUACAGAAUCACGAAGUCUUGUUUUAAACUCAAGGGUUUUUCACUCACUGGGAGAAUUAGCCAGCUGCCUUCACUUGAAGCAAGAUAUACUUUUGUUUGUCGAGAUCAUAUCUCCUCAACUGCUUCAAGGGUUGUCACUCAAGGAAACAGAAUGGAAAAGCAUCUCCGAUGAAGUGCAGUUCCUAUGGAUCGAGACGCUUAAUUGUUCGCUGAGGAGUCAGCCACCUAUCACAUUUGAUUCCUUGUAUCUGAAAAUCCAAGCGCGCCUCCUUGAGAAAACCCUUGAUCACCCGAAUCCUUCUAUUUCAAAGCCAGCCAUUAGUUAUUGGAACUCGACAUAUGGGGAGCAAAUGAAAUUGGACUACCCUCCAAGCUUGCUUCAUGUUCUGGACAAACUUUCUAGAAGUGGCAGAAUAUAUCUUCAGAAGAGAAGCCUAUCAUUGCUCCAAAGGUGCAACGCUUUAGCAGAACCUCCACAGCGAUACAAGGCGACAUCAACCCAUAACAGGACUACGAAGAGAGUCGAGCUAGUAGAAGUUCCAAAGUAUCCGCUUGAGCACAUGGAGGAACCGUCGCCAAAGGUCAAAAGAAAAUGGUCAGAACUAACCGAUCAUCAAAAAGAAGUAAGGCGAGCGCAGCGAGGAGGAGAACGGGAUUGCGGGACCCAUGGCCCUGGAAUAAGGACUUACACCAGUGUCGAUUUUUCACAAGGCAAUGAUGAUUCACAGGAGAGUGACAUUCAGAAUCAAGAGUCCAUCUUGGAUGUGCUACGAAGAGCUUAUUGAUUCUUUGGUAAAAAGGAUACAAUUUGCUGUAAAGAAACGGAUGUCUCCUGUUCAUUCCUGCUGUAAUUAUGCUGUGCUACAUUAUGACAUGUAGAUUUAACAUUUGUACGCAAGGAAAACACAUGGCUUUCUAA